AUGGCUUCAGCCGAGUAUAACUUCUCGGGGGCAUUGUCGACCUGGAAAGACAUCAACCUCUCUGAACUACAAAAGACCUUGGAUGCUCAAGGUGUUGAACUCGUCGAAAAUCAGAGGGAGAGCGUAGUUGGUCGCAAGGCUCUUGCGGACCGCACCAAAGAAUUUAAAAAGACCUCGGAUGACGAGAAGCUCAAUGUUUUCAAGGGUCUGCUGAAGGCCUACCAGACUGAGAUAGACAGCCUCACAAAGCGGUCGAAAUCUGCCGAGAACGCUUUCCUGAAUGUGUACAAGGUCCUGGCAGAGGCACCCGAUCCAUACCCCCUUCUAGAAGCUGCAAUUGAUCAGACCGUCAAAGUCGCCGAAGCCCGCGAGCUCGAGACUGAGCUUCAGCGUGUGCGUGAAGAGAAUGCUGAACUUCGCCGGCGGAUCAAUGAGUUUGUCCCGCUUGAAACUGCCAAAAAGAAGGCAGAUGCUAGGGUCGAACAGCUUGAACAGAGGAUGGAAGAUUUAAUUCGGGAUAAAGUUACGCAAAAGGAGAACGAGCUUAAUGCUACCUACGACGAGAAGAUGCGCAAUUACGAGGAGCGCGAACAGGACCAUCAGCGACAGGUGGCGCUGACGAAGAGCCAGCUUCGUGAGCUGCGUAUGUCUCACGAGUCCAGCCAAGCGAAAUUGCUUGACCAGAGCCAGCGACAAGACCAGGAGGUCGUAACGAAGCUAGCCGAAUUGGACAUGGUGGUUAUUGACCUUGAACAUGCCAAUAGCCGGGUGGCAACCGUGGAGCGACGGAAUGAACUUCUACGCGCCGAAAUUGAAGGCAUGAAAAGUGGCAAUGAGCGCAGCGAUCAACUCAAGGAACUGGAGUCCAAAGUAUCCGAUCUUGAAACUGAGACAGACCGACUUUCUCAGGCCUUGGAAGCCCAGAAGGUGGCGACAAAAGCUGCACAGGCGACGGCUGCAAAGAAGGCCGAAGAAGCCGCGAAAGAACUGCGGAAGAAAUCCAACGACGUCGACCAGCUGAAACAGAAACUCAGACAGUAUGAUGACUAUGACGAGAUCAAGCGUGAGCUCGAUGUUAUGAAGUAUGUUGAAUUUGGCGGGCUGGAAGAGGACGACGACUUCGACGGCACAGCUUCUGGCAAUGGAGAUGCGCUUGGUCUACACCUUCCGGAUCCCAACGCAGAGAAAGCGAACGCACAGCGUGGAAAGUCUUUAGAAGUCCUGCUCGCGACAAAAAACAAGCGCAUACUAGAAGAACUGACCAAGUUCCGUAUUCUGCAUGGCGAAUUGGAGGCUUCACUUCGGUCUACACAGGCCGAUCUCGCAUUUACAGAAUCGGAGCUUGAGAAGCAACGUGUUCUGAACGAGAGGUUAGAAAAUGAUCUUCUCCACAUGGACCAGCGAAAGACCAGCGGGGAAGCUAACGGUAAACGUAUUCCUGCGGAUUCGCUGGCCGAUGGAUCGGGAACAGCGGAUGCACUCGCAGGCCUCGACCUUGGUGCUCAAAAGCCCAUUUAUCCAUACGCGAGAACCGCUCCAACACUAUUUGCUCCAUCUGCUGAUACCUCAAUACUACCGAUUGUCACGAGUCAGCGAGACCGAUUCCGACAACGAAACGCUGAGUUAGAAGAGGAGCUGCGCAAACAAUUUAACAUCAUUUCUGACCUUCGAGCGGAGAUCAAGAGUUUGCAGGCAGACAAUCUGAAGCUAUAUGAAAAAGUGCGUUACAUGCAGAGUUAUCGCGAAGACACGGCUGCGAGGCCAUCGACGCUCGACCCUAUGCCGUCUACGGCUGCAGGACGUGCUGAUGAUAUGGGUAAAUAUCGCGCGAGAUAUGAGGAGGCUAUGAAUCCCUUCCAGGCUUUCCGAGGAAGGGAAGCAACCCGAGCAUAUGAAUCAUUGAACGUGCUGGAGAGAGGUGUGCUGGUCUUGACGCGAGCCAUCCUCGGCAACCGACGCACGCGGACUUUUUUCAUCUGUUAUGCCAUUGUCUUACAUCUGCUUGUCAUGGUCACUACAUACCAGUGCACCAUGUCCUCGGACUCGCAUCUGCAACGUCAACCCGGUCCAUACAGUUCAUAA